GUGAUAAAUCAUCCUUAUUACAGACAAGGCAUUUCUUUCUAUCUCCUCUUUCAUGCCUUCAUGUCAUAAUAUUGAUCACGGCACUUGAAUCUCAAGCUUCAAUUCUCGGAGUUCAAAUUACAGUUCCAUAUCCUUGCAAUGCAAUUGAAGCUUAUCCAGUUCAGGCACAUGCACCCAAUAAUGUCACAGGGACUCCCGGAAAAGUGGGUUCCACAGCGCUAUCGACAUUCGUGUCUUUCUGGCGUGUCUCGAUUAGGCGAUUCAUCACUCGACAGCAAAUCAUCAUCACCAUCUUUUUUCUUUUUCUUCUCCUUUUCGUGCCAUUGACGGAGGAAUUUCAGGCUGUUCGACGCAAUGGCUCGUAGCAGCGCCUUCAGGACUUUGGCUGCGUCAUGCGUCUUCAUGCUGGCGGCCUGCGCGGCGGCAUCGCAGAUCAAGGGAACCCCGGCAGCCAUCGAGAGUCUAAGCUUGGAGGAGCUUGAUGGCCAGCUUCAGGUAUGUUUGGCAAGAUAAGAUAGCUUCACCCUCGGCUGUCUACGUGGAGGAAAUCACGGCAUCUAUUGCAAUGCUGACAGAAACCUUCUCUU